UGAUGACGUACCCAAGGCGAAAUCCGGUGGAACUCGGAAGGGAGGCAGCUGUGGAUUCGAAUUCGCCAAUUAACAAUGCUUAUGCAGCCAUUGUAGAGUCUACCAGCUAUGGAAUCUGACACAAAAGCAUUGCGCGUCGAGUUCCCCGACUUCUCGUGCUCCAUCCUGCAGAAACUCAACCAGCAGCGUCAGAGGGGCCAGCUGUGUGACAUUAUCGUGAGCAUUGGGGGCCAUCAGUACCGUGCGCACCGUGCUGUCUUGGCAGCCAGCUCGCCGUAUUUCUGUGACCAGGUCCUGCUUAAGAACAGUGCGCGGGUGGUGCUGCCAGAGGUGAUGAACCCGUGCGUGUUUGAGGGGCUGCUGCAGUCCUGCUACACCGGGUCUCUCACCUUGCCCACGUGUGAAGUGGUUGCCUUUCUCACAGCGGCCAGCUUCCUGCAGAUGUGGCACGUCGUGGACAAGUGCACCGAGCUUUUAGAAGGAAACACGUCACGUUCACAUAAAACCUCGUUGGGACUGGGGUGCAGGCGCAGCAGCCAAGCUCAACAGCAUCCGUCCCCUGAUGGUGAGAGUCACCAUGGUGACAGAGGUGAUGAGGCUUGCUCGGAUGGCACUGGUGUUGGAGGGAGUGAGGGAUUUAGCAGGAUGGCUACCUGUAAAGAUUCGUCAGACUUCGAGCAGCUGCUAGAGGAGAGCUUCUCUCCGCAGGCGCUGGAGCUUGGAGCGCCCCCUAGUGGCAACGGUUCCCCGCCGCCUGACAGGGAGGAGUCGGCCAGCGAGAACGGAGACGCAGAGGCGGAGUUCCCCAGAUCCAGACCCGUCUAUGUCCCGCCGAGCAUCAUGGGGCACAGGAAGUGGACGCAGGUGAAAACGGAGAGGUCGUGCCGCGAAGACUGCAGUAGCCUGUUCAAUGCUGAGACAGCCAGCACGGACUCAGAGCAGCUGGGCCUGCCCCAUCACCACCAGGGGACCUCCUCCAUGCACUCCGCAGAGGACAGUGUGGAUGAGAAGCUGGUCAGUGAGCUGGAGGAGAGCCUGGAUUGUGAUCGCUCCUUCGACGACCCCCUGGACUUCUACGGCACCUCCAUGGAUCGCUUCUCCAAUGACAGAGGUGGAGGAUCUCCCAGUGCGGUGAAACACAGCCCUCUGGAUCUGGACCCGGGAAGAGGAGGAGGAGGAGGAGGCGGCGAUGAUGAUGAAGAUGGGAUGGAUGCCGGCGCCCAGGAUGACACGUCCAACUCCGGUUUUGGGUCGGGGGUCUACAAGCUGUACCCGUGCCAGUGUGGCAAGAGCUUCACCCACAAGAGCCAGCGCGACCGGCACAUGAGCAUGCACCUGGGUCUCCGGCCGUACGGCUGCGCCGUGUGCGGCAAGAGCUUCAAGAUGAAGCACCACCUGGUGGGUCACAUGAAGAUCCACACCGGCAUCAAGCCGUACGAGUGCAACCUCUGCUCCAAGCGCUUCAUGUGGAGAGACAGCUUCAACCGCCACACCGCCUCCUGCAAAAGGGCUCACCAGGCCAAGCGGCCCGCCGCAGAGCAGAGCGUCUGCUGAUCUGCUGAUCUCAGGCCAGAAGUGAGGGGCUUAAGUGGUGUGGUGGUGGGUCUAGGUUUAGAGCUGAUUCAGGGACAAAGUCACUUUGUUCAGGACCUUCUUCUCUGAGUUGUGGUGCCAUCUUUGUCGGCACCUCAAAGUGUCUCAAGUGUUUGUCUAUCCGAUUUGUUUAACGGUCCAUCAGUGGUUUUAUUUAAGAUGUUUUGAAGGCACACCAUUGAGAUGUAAGACAUCUGUUCAGGUUUUUGUUUUUCCAGAGUAUUUCCAGACUGUCAAACCAGGUGCUGGCAAAACAAAACAAAUGUGUGCUUAAGCAAAUACAGGGAAAACAAUAUGUGUUCGGUACAUGAUUCGGUACAUGUGUCUGAGUACAUGACAUUAUAUAGUGUCUGCGGAAAAGCAAUUAAGUGUUCCCAUUUUGAUGCUGAGAGUUCAAGGCGUUUUUUUGUUCACUCGUGAUCAUUUUGCAUUUUAGGAAGGCGCCAUUUUUCUGGCAAAUAGCAAUGGUGUUUACUUAAGCAAUGGUGUUUAUUUAACCAUUCUGUGGUACAAUACCGACUUCGUUUUUUAAAAAGAUGUUCUCUAUUUCAAUCAUAGAUGCCAUUACCCUCUCCUGUUACCUCCGUUUGUGUAAGCCAGCAUACGGGGUAGAAUAAAACAGUACAGCUGAGUACAGAAACAAAGCACCUCACCCUCUGAAAUCAAUAGAAGACAGUAGAGAGGUACUGCCUUAUUUUCAUUUCAAUGAUUUAGUAUUCUAAAUCAUCACUUCUGAUUCAUAGGCUUAAGAGAGAUUCUAAAUUUUCUGAAUGAUCUGCUGAAAGGAAUUCUUGAGAUGUGAUGAACAAGAAACCUCAUUCACAAUUAAACCUCAUGGACCGCUUUGGGGAUAUUUAAAUGUACAGUUUUCUGCCUAUAUCCAAAUGUAAAAAGUAAUACAAAGGCAAAGUGUAUUUAUGUAGAGUUAGUAUUUACAUUGAGAAUCUGAUCAUUUAGAUCAAAUUAAUAAAAACGGGUAGUUUGUGUAUGUGUGGGGGGUUCCAUUGAAAUAAGGCUACUGUCACGAAUAACUUUUAUAACAUUGGUAUUUCUACUCCAAUCUCUGUGUGUGUUUUUUUUUUUUAAGAAAUCAUUUGAUUUCUAUCCUUGCCUCUUGAAAUUUCCUCGAAUGAUGUUGGAAUCAGGAAACAGGUUUCUGUACAUUUCAGUGUAGGAUGGUGAAGUUCUCAUCGAUAUGUAUACAUUCUCAGUGCCUGGGUGCUUGGAAGACACUGUUGAGACUUCAACACGUAUAGCCUAUUUGUCAUAUUUGAUCCUGACUUGUUGAUUCAUUUUCAGAUAAAAUAUUUUUUAAAUUGUAAAAUAAUGAGAUUUGUGUAACCUGAAUUGUGUCUUUAUUUUGCCUUUUUGCAGGUCAUUAGAUAGUCGUAUGUAGAGUGAAGGACAAUCAUUCAGUUUCUUAUGGUAAAAUCAAAAACUGAGUUCUCUGUCUAUGCGGAUCAAACCCUUGGGGCAUAAUACAUUGACAGAAAAGAGCAAGAAGAAAGGCAGUAGGCGCUUCAUGUCCUUUAAAAACCCUUUAAAAAAGUAUUAAUUCAGUGUUUAAAACUGAUGUGACCAUAUUUAUAGAUCAAAUUAAGUUAUGGCUAAAUUAAGCGAUCAUGACAACUUUUCUAAUACCUAGUUCUGAAAUGUUUAUUUAGCCAUGUUUAUUUAGCCAUUUAUGUAAGGGGGUCUAUGCUGACGAGAAAAUCGAUCACGGUUUCUUCGUCAAAGGAAAUGUCUUCCUCUUUCUGUAAAAUUUCAACAAAAUGUCUGAAAAUCCAAUUGAAAUCAUGGACACCCUAACAAAAUUGUUCUUCGAUAAUCUUAUUUGGGAUAUACAUUUCACAGCCAAAUUAUAACUACCUCAAGGGGGCAUCUCAAGAGGAUAUCUUCGUUCCAUGUCUUAAUAGUGUGUCGUUUUUUUCUUCUUCUUUUUUUUUAAGAAUUCCCAAUGCAUUAACAGUUUUAUGAUUUUUUUUCUUCUUAUAGAAGAAUACAAAAGUUUUGUACAGACGGGUUCAGCAAUAAAUAUUGUCUUUUUGUUUGGAAA